CACAUCACAGACGCCAUCUUGUCAAAGUAGGAGGAAGARGAGAGCAGCUUAGUGCUUCUAAAAGUAUGAUUAUACCAGCAUAGACUUAACAUUCUCAAACUAACUAACUCCUAAUUCAAAGAGAAUAGUACCUUCUUUCGAGUGACUGGAUUUGACUGUUGUUUAGAGGCGUAUCUUUCGACCAUGUUUUCAAGGUGUUUACAGUGUCAAAGAUCCUUCACAAAUCGUCAAAACAUUCCUCGUAUCAUCUACAAUUCAGGUGUACUAAAGAAACUACCUCGGCAUCUUGUUACUACGUUACCAGAAAACAGAUUUUCGACGGUUGUCACAGAGGAAAAUGCUGACAAAAAGACUAACAACACAGAAUCUGAAGAGCCAGGAAAGGAGGAGGCUCAGAAACGAAGAGCUCGUCUUGUUUCCGUCAUGAUAGGAUCAGCUGUGGGAUUUUUUGGUAGCUCUUAUGUGUUAUACAACCAGCUAACUAAAAAUAAAGCUAAAGCUGAAGGAGCUACGCACAUAGAAAAAGAAAAUAUCGAAGAAACUAAAACCGAAGAUGAUGGGGAACACGGUGAAGAUGUUCUAGAUGAGAGAAAGAAGAAGAAGAAGAAAGGGUUUAGAGCUAGAAGAGUAAUUGAGUAUGAGAAUAGAAUUCGUCAGUACAGCACACCAGAUAAAGUCUUCAGGUAUUUUGCCUCACUAAAGAUUGUUCAUCCAGGAGAAGAGAAUGAGGUUUUUAUGACUCCUGAAGACUUUGUGAGGUCACUCACACCUGGAAAAAUUCAGCCAGAAGGACAUGGUCUAGAUGAAUUUGAAAAAUUUGAUCCUGAGAAACACAAAUACAAAGGCUAUCAGUCAAACGAAUUUGACAAUGAGAACAGUGUGUUCAUGAAGAUGGGUGACUAUGGACUUGUAUCUUUCUCAGACUACAUAUUUUUGCUUACUGUUCUAUCUUUGCCUCCAAGAAUGUAUGAAGUUGCAUUCCAAAUGUUUGACUUAAAUGGAGAUGGUGAAGUGUCACCAGAGGAAUUUGAAAAAGUACAAAAUAUUCUGUUUUCCACCACAGCGACUGGAAGCAGACACAGAGAUCAUUCAACUACUGGCAGUGUUUUGAAUUAUACCAUCAAUACUGGGCUUAAAGUUUAUUUCUUUGGAGAAAACGGAGAAGAGAAGCUUACGGGACAGAAGUUUAUAGAAUUCCAAAAGAAGCUACAAAGUGAAGUAAUGUAUUUAGAGUUCUUGUCAUACGACCCAGAAAAUGGUAGGAUAACAGAAAGGCAGUUUGCCGACAUGCUGUUGACAUAUUCUAACUUCCAUGAAAAAAAGAAACAGCAGAUUCUCAAAAGAGUGAAGAAGGCUUUCAAAGAUAACCCAGAGGGAGUUACUUUUCAGAACUAUCUAAACUUUUUCCACUUCUUAAGAAACAUCAGUGAAGCAGAAGUCGCCCUAAGCUUUCAUAAUGCAGCUAAUAAAGCUAUAGACCCAGAGACCUUCAAAAGAGUUGCAAGGACAAUCGCUGGGGUUACAUUAGAUGAUCAUGUCAUUGACAUUGUUUACCACAUGUUUGAUGAAAAUGGUGAUGGAGAAUUAAGCAACAAGGAGUUCAUCGCUGUAAUGAAAAAUCAACUGGUCAGGGGACUUGAGAAUCCCAAAGACACUGGCUUUACUAAGCUGAUCUCAGCAAUGUGGAAGUGUGCUAAACAUGUAACAUACAACAUGUUGCAUCCAAACCCGAAAGAGCCAAGCAUGUGAUGUAUCACAUGUUGCAAUCAAUCAAAAACGUAAUGACUGGUAGUAGCUGAAGGGCUGUCUGUCUCUCUGUCAUUCCCUUGCCUUCUAUUCUUCAUACUGAGGAUCGUAUAUUUUGAAGGAAUGUCUGUAUAUGUCUGCCUGUUGGCUUAUAUACGUGAGGUAUAAUUGAAAUAUUGUGAAUGUGAGUGUUCGCUGCUAGCUGUUUGUCUGUCCUUCGAUCUGUUGUUUGUAUCUGUCCAAUCUAUCUGGCCUUUCUCUCUGUUUCUUGUCUUCCAUUCUUUGUAGACACAGAUCUCGACGGUAUUGUUUUAGGUUUAACAAGCGCGCUAUGUGAAUAGUGAUGUAAGUGGGCUUUGCGCUUUUUCUCUGUCCGUUGUAUGCGUUUUAACUGCCUACCUGCCUGUUUGUCUGUCUGUCACUUAUCCAUAAUCAUACGAGGUUAGGCAGGUAAUUUGUAAAGGUGUAUGCGACACUAAUGACAAACUGGUAUAUUUUUCAUUUGUAAUGUUUAUUUCAAUCACAAAGAGCACACACGCACUUAAAUAAUUCUUUAUUGAAACCACUUGCACACAAGUCAAUUUAGAAAAUUUAGGCAUUAUGCUUGUAACAGGGCCUUAAAUUAUAAUUUUAUUAAAUCCCUACCAGUG